AAAUAUAUUAUUUUAAUCUAUGUAAGUAAAUUACGAAGCGAUCAUUGAUGGUAAACUACUUAUUUAAUUGGGUAGAGGCUAAGAAUAAAAUGAUGAAAUGGUAGGAAAUAAAUGAAUAAAACAUGUGGGAAUUAUAUGCAAAUAAGGAAGGAUAUAUUGUAUACACAAAGAAGAAUCCAGAAAAUGGAAUAAACAUGAAUAGAUCUCAAACAGAAAUUGCAAGGACUCCUGAUUAAAUUUUAGAUUUGGUUGGCGAUGUAAAUAAAAGACCUUUGUAUGAUGAGAAAGUGGAAACAGUAAAUUAAAUAUAUUAUAUUAUUAGGCUCAUGUAAUUGAAUAAAUUGAUGCUAACACAAGAAUUAUUUAUGUGAGAAUAAAACCACCCAUUCCAUUUAUGAGCAGCAGAGAUUUAGUGAUGGUUUAGAAGGUUUAUAAAUAAAAUGAUGGAAUUUAUAUUGUAUGCUGUACUUAUUUUAUUAUUAUUAAUAGCAAAAUCAAUAAUUCAUUAAAAAACACCUCCAAUCAAUAAAAUUGAAAGAGCAGAAAUGCAUUUAAGUGGCUGGAUUAUCAUUCCUUAACCAAAUCAAAUGACUAAGAUAAUUACUAUCUAAUGUUUUGAUCCAAGAGGAGAUGUUCCGACUUCAAUCACCAAUUAAUAUGCUAAACUUUAAACAGAUAUGAUGAAAGCUGCAAUUAAAUACAUAGCUCUUAAUUACAAAUGAUUCAUUAAAUAAACAUAAGAAAAU